AGCUCCCGAUUGUUGCUCCUUAUGCGUCCCGCUCUUGCUCAUCCGUUACCGUAGGGGAGUCACGUCGAUAGCUCAGAGUCGCGGCGUGACCUACCCUAGAUUCCGGCGUCGAGCUUCGACGCCGGCUGAGCCAGGGUGUCUCACGACGAGCCAGCGUGUCUCACGGCGCUGAAUCAGCGUUGUGGUAGCGAUGGCGGGAUAUGAGCCUCCGCCGUUUAGAGACGGUAGCAGCGGGCGAUCAGGCAGCACGGAUCUGCACACCGAUCUGUACGCGUUAUUGCACGUCUCGCGGGACGCGUCUGACGAUGAGCUGAAACGCGCGUAUCGCCAGCUCGCUUCGGUGUACCACCCUGACAAGUACCCCUUUCCGCAGAUGCAAGAUGUCGCCAAGGAUCACUUUCAGCGGAUCCGAUCCGCCUACGAGGUUUUGUCCGACCCGGCCAAGAGGCAGGUGUAUGACCUGUACGGCAUAGAGGGCGUGGUGUCGGGCAUGGAGCUAGGCCCACACCUGCGCACGAGGCAGGAGAUACGGGAGGAGUGGGGCGGGCGCAGAGGAGGAGGGAGGAGCUGAAAGCGGCGAUGCGCACCCAGCACUCGUCCUCCAUGCUGCUGUCUGUCACUGCUGCUGAUGCCCUGGCGUCAGGAUUUCAACGCUUCCCCAGAAU